CGAAACAGUUGUGUGAGUGCGCUUUUCAGCAUGAGAAUUAAACUGUAACACUUUUAUAGACGGGAAGAAAAACCCUUUAUCGCCCGCAGGACCCAACCGAAAGCUCAUCUCUGGCAAGACAGGAGCUCUACGAGACGUUUAUCAGGUUAGAGGGCAGACAUCUGAAGACAGCCUGGGGCUUCGUGAUGAAAAAAGACUGAGCUGGUAAUAGAAUGUUUGUGAAAACUUGAAACCCAGAAACAUAAGGAAAAAUGACACGACUAUAGAAGAUAAAAUGAUGAAAAGCCAAGAGCUAAAAAUGAAUCAUAUCAAUUUGAAAGUGCCAGUGCUCAAUACCAGUGAGCCAAAAUCAUCAUCCAAUGCAGCGUGCCAGACUAAGAGCCUCCAGUUCAGAACGAUUGCCCCUAAGGCUCCAUCUUCCCUAUCCCCCCCUGCCCUCCUCUCAUGCCAGCCCAGUUCUUCACUGCCUGAGGCCUCAGUGGCCAGUCCGAAGUCCAUCAUUGUCCCAGCUCAGAACUACGCCCUGAUGCGAGUCGCUGGACAAGAGGGUACCUUCUCCCUGGUAGCCUUGCCUCCGUCUAUCUCGCCCCAGUCACCACAGCAGCUUCAGAAAGGCUUGACGUUCCCGAAAAACAUGAAGCUACCAAUCCCCAGGUACCAGCCUAUGAAAAGCAAGCGCACCCCGGAUAAAACCACUGCAACUCAUCUAGCCAAGAUGCAGCCACCUACCAAAACAGUCCUGCAGUCACAGCAGGCCGUCCACAUCAAGACCUCCAGCUCGGAACCCGCUGGUACCACAGAGGGCUCUGAGCAAGUUAUAUUGAUAGACUCGGGGUCGUCAGAGAUUGCAGUCACAACCUUGCUGACGGAAAACACCAUCUUGUAUUCUGGAGCACAGGCAGAAAAACCUACAAAGUCAGACAGAGUAGAUUUAGACCAUGCUUCCUCCAGCGUUCUGCAUUUUGGACCCGGUGUAGGGAGAGAAUCAAAUACCUCAUCAUCGCUACCAAGCAACAUCAGUUCAAUCCCAAAUACAGAAGAUGAGGGUGAGAAAAUGAAGAGGUGCCUUUCGAAGCCUGCUGGACAUUCUGCAAGUAGCAUCACUGUUCUCUCACCAGCAGUCUUCAGCAAGGCUGUCCAGAUCAUCCCAUCGCCUCCAAAAGGGAAGCUGCCCAUUCCACCAUAUUCAAAAAUGAAGAAUGCCUAUUUACCGAUGGCUAAAGCCCCUGAAAAGAGCUGCUCUGCAGUGCAAGCUGCAAAUCUUGCAACAAGGGUACCGAAUACUUCAGUUACACAAAUAAUUUGUCAGAAGCAGACACCCAACUCUUCGCCUCAGAACCCACUACAGGGUAAUGCUAGCAGUUUGUCAAAUGUGGAACUGGCGGCUUCACAGAGGCCAGCAGGCAAGAAAAGGGGAAGGAAAAGAAAGACAAUAGAGGAUGUAUUAGCUUAUGAGGCCAGAAAGAAGAGAUCUCUGUCUUUCUUUAGGAGGAGAACUCCAGAUAAGGUAGCACCUGUUAAUAACGGGCCCAAAGACAAAGUAGUAGAUAUUUCAAAGAAGUAUCGCAGCAUCAGACCAAAGCCUGUACUUUUAAUGGAGGCUGUUCCUCAGCUGGUUGGGCUACCUUCUGUCCAAGCUUCUGAUUGUCCAGAACAGGAGUUUCUUAUAAGCCAGAGUCUUCCAAGUAAGAUUAUAGACUAUCAGCAACUGGACCUCACAUGUGGAAAUCAAGAAUCUUCAAAAGCCACGGACCCUAGCCACAUGUACCUGGAGAGUAAACAGCUGUACAGGUGCCCCACCUGCAGUCGCUGCUUUCAGUUCAAACACCACCUCCAAAGCCACAUGAACAGCCACACCAACAGCCGGCCCUAUGUGUGUCCCGUGUGUCGGAAGACAUAUGCUCAUUCAGGCAGUUUGAGCACACACAUGAAGCUGCAUCACACGGAAGGCCGGCCUAGGAAAACCCUGCGCUGCGAGUUCUGCGAGAAAGCCUUCGGCUAUGUGGGAGUUUACUUCAGCCACCUGAAGGAGGUCCAUAAAGUUAUCCUCACUGUGGAGCCCUCUGUCAGUCACCAUGAAGAAGAUGUUGUUAUAGAGGGGGUGAGCCCCUCCGAUUCCAUUGACAGCCAGAGGCAGGACCAGGAGGAACCCGUGGAGCUACAGAUAAAGUGUGGUCGCUGUCAGGCCAUCACCCCCACCUUCGCGGAUAUGAAGCUGCACCUGUUGUAUGUGCACGGGGAGGAGGUCCAGGUACGUUUGAAGGAAGGGGUUGUGCAAGGGGGCAGGGAGGCAGAGGAUGAGCUGGUCAAGCACGCCGCGCACUACUGGCGACAGCUCAACGAGAAGAGAAACCUCGUGAAGUGCGGGAGUUGCAAGGAGGAAUUCUUCUCCUUCUCUCGACUGAAGAGACACACGUGCUCACACCACCAGGACAAGUCCGAAGCAAAAGCAGAGUGGUGUGUCCAUGACAAACCCGAUGCCAACAGCACGGAAAGCCCGCACAGCACCAGCCCCGUGACGCCCAACAGGAAUGUGGCAGAUUCAGCUCUCCACUGCAUCUUGUGCCCGAGCAUUCUGGGCAGCAGAGAGGGGCUGUUUGAUCACUGGAGGAGCCAGCACAACUGCGAGAACCCUGCUGCGCUGUGGAGGGUGGUGAGCUCAUUUACAGAGCGGAAGGAAAUCGGCCUUUCCAGAGAAAAUCCGGAGCAAUAGGAAGCUGUCUGUUUUUAUCCUGCGCAAACAGGCUUGCAUGUCCCGAGUUUCUGAAACGCGAAUACGUUCUCAUUGCACAAAAGAGAUCCUACGGACGCUAUCUAGAUGCUGCUAGGCUCAGACACUGUUGUAAGUGGUUCUAUAGACUAUACGAGAUGAUACUAUGGAGUUUUAACAAGAUGCUAAUCCUUAAAAUUAUUUUUAAUAAAAAAAUUAUCUAAUUCUGACAAGGAAGAUUGUAACUCAUAAUUCCCAGCCAAUGAAACAUUAGAAAGCAUCCAGAGCAUAUCUGAGCUCCUCUUUGAUGUAAUCAGAGAUGUCCUCCUGGAAGUGUGUUUGGCACCAAGCUGAAAGCUUCCCAGCCCCACAAUGCUGAGUGGUUGACAUUGUCUACAAUAUUCAUUUUAGUGCCCAACAAAUUAGAAAAGUUACAAGAGACCCCAUUUAUCAUCACUUUUCUUUGUUCGCGAGCCAUUAUUUUUCUAGCACAACAGCGGUGUUACAGCUAGGUUAAUUGCGAUAGUGUACAGAAAAAUGAUCAAGCUGCAAAAUUAAAGGUUUUUAUUUGUGCAAAGGAGAGGAGCAAACCGAUAAGUUUAUAUACUUUUUUACAUAAGAAUGAAGGCACUGCAGUGUGAGUUUAUCUUAAUGGCUGUAGCAGCACUUUAAUCAGAAUUUACAUAAAUUAUUAAAGAGUCUCAUAGAGGUUGAGACCCGCCAGCAAUCAGAAAUUGCCAAUGCGUUUUUUAGUAUCAAAGAAUAUAUGAGGUAAUAAAUUAUCUAGAUUCGUGUUCGGUUUUCUCUCUUUUUUUUAUGGCUAGAAUCCUCUUGUCUCAUUCAGCCUUACAGUGAUGAUGGUAAUAACAGCUAUUACAAAGACUGUAAAUAAUUCUAAGAAAGUUGCACAUUUCUCAACAGAAGAGUCAAAACGUUUCUCAGCAAAACAAAAAAAGCAUAUACAUGGUAAAGUACGCAUUUAAUUAAUCUGAAAAUUUACACACAACAGGAAAAGAUCUGGAAAUUUUAAGUGAUGAAAAUAAGCAUUUUAAAAGUUAUUUGUUCAUUUUCUAACCACUCUGAGCGUAAGUGUAAAGCCUUCCGUGUGAAUAGCUUUAUAAAGUAUUAGAGCGUCUUGAAUUGGUUAUUUUAUUUCUCAAUUUUUUAUUUGCCAGCCUGAUUUCAAUAUAUUUGUUUUACAUCAUUUUAAAAAAUAAAGAAGUAUAUAUGUGUUUAUGUCAUUCUAAAUGCAAUUAAUUUCUUUCUUCCUUUUGAGGUAUGUAUAUUUGUUUCUCCUUCUUUGACAGAAUAAGCCAUUUUUUCUCUGCUUCAGAAUCAGGCUGAUAAUAUCAUGAUAUGUAAUAUAUUGUGAUAUUCUGUAUGGUCUCCACCAUGAUGCCGUUAUUUAAUAAUUUAUUUUGUGACUUUCAUAGAUGUUUCUAAAAAAAACAAAAAUGCCUUGGAAGUUUUGCUGUUAUCUUUUCUGUAUUGUCAAUACUGUUACAAAACUUUUAACAAUAAAGAAAUAUGUUUUGUGACGGGAGAAAGGUAGUCAUUUAAAAAUAUUACCAACUAGUUAUCAAAAAUGUUCUAAAUUUCGUUCUCUGAAAAAAAUAUUUAAGGUGUGUAGGGUGGAUAUAUUUUGAUCUAACAAAAAAAUAAAUGUGGUAGUGAAAGCAG